AUGACGUCACGUGAUGACGUCACAGGGGCUGCAGAUGGGACCUCAUAUCGCGCCGUCGGUCGCCUCCCGGCGGUGGCCACCAUUGACCUUCAAGUGACCUUCAACGCGGAAUCGCUGGCCGCGCUAGUCGGUGCCGGCUCCGCAGGGUGCGCUCUCGCCAACCGCCUCACGGCCGACGGCACAGCCAGCGUGCUGCUUCUCGAAGCUGGAGGACUGGAGGACGCCGCUGUGCAGGUGCCCUUGUUCUCGGUUCUCUUGGAGCGCACCGAUAUCGACUGGGCCUACAUCAGCGAACGACAGCACAAUGCCAGCUUAUCCAUAGACGAUCAGGUAAACAGAUUCCCGCGUGGCAAAGUGCUCGGUGGCUCGAGUUCCAUCAACAACAUUAUCUAUGCUAGAGGAAAUCGAAAAGACUUUGAUAGAUGGGCAUCUGAGUACGGCGCGGAGGGCUGGUCGUACGACGAUGUGUUGCCAGACUUCAUCACCAUUGAAACGUCGUAUCUGGGAAUCGACAAUGGUUACCAUGGAGAAAGUGGGGAAGUGCCUGUAAGUUUUCCAACAUCACAUACGAAGGCUAGCGACUUGUUCUUAGAGGCUGGCCGGGAACUUGGUUACAGCAACGACGACUAUAAUGGGCCGAACGAGACAAGCUUUUCACGCGUACAAAACAACAUUAAGAACGGAGAGCGCUGGAGUUCAAGCCGAUCCUUUAUCACAAACGACGUCCGCAGAAGAGAAAACUUCGACGUCGCACUUUAUUCGCAUGUGACGAAGGUUCUUUUUCAAGGCGCAACUGCUAUAGGAGUGGAGUACAAGCGCGACCUCGGAACACACACCGUUCUGGCGAAGAAAGAAGUAAUUCUUUGCGCUGGAGCCAUAUCCUCUCCGCAGCUACUGAUGCUUUCCGGCAUAGGACCUCGAGAACAUCUCGAGUCUCUUGGGGUCAACGUAAUUGCAGACCUUCCUGUAGGUGAAAACCUAUUCGAUCACGUCACCGUGAACGGAAUAGCGGCGCGUCGUAUUGGCCAUCUGUCGGAGGAUGUUGGAUAUAGCCGUCGAGUUGGCGCCGUUGGCUUCUAUGGUCAUGACGAGGACCCGGAUGGUGGAGACCACGGGCAUGGCUCCACCAUCCGUCAUGUGGAGUUGGAUUUCCUCGUAGCAGCAUUUUGUGCGCAGAUCCUGGGUGUGGGCAUCCACGGAGUGUGGGGUGGCGCCAAGAUCGCCGUCCAGACACUGAGAACUCAAGCUAUGAAGAAGGCCAACGCAACCCUUUGGGACGCCGCCCUGCCAGCGUGCGAGUCGGCAGGACCAUUGUGGAGCGACUCGUACCUGCGUUGCUUUGUGCAGCACACUUCACUCAGUGGGCGCUUCCUACAGAUGGCGACACCGUACCUUCUCGCCGCCAGUACUCUCUACAAUCCGGGCAUUCUCCUUCUUCGCUACCCCCACUGCAGAGGGCCUUGUGAGGACAUGUCGGGGCAACACAGACGGAGUGCCACGCGGAGAGUCCGCCCCUUGAUGGAGACGGGUUGA